AGUAUUCUUUUCUGAUCUGAGUGGCAUUACCAGCUUUUUUACCCGGUCACCAAAACGCACUACUAUUCUCGACGAGAUUGUUGCACGAAGGCUACCAAGAGCCUCAUCCACAAGAUGGAACUUUAAUAGCAGAAUCGUGAACACUGUAUGCGAGAACCUAGAUGACCUUAUUGAGUGUUUCAGCUGUAUUGCGACUGACAGCUCCUUUGAUAGCAACACGGUGAGGGAGGCAUCUGGCUUUCUGAGGAUGCUGCAAGAUGAAGACUUUCAGUUUUUUUCUGCAUCUGUUUCAUCAAAUCAUGCCUCACGUUGACGUGAUGUACCAGCAGCUGCAGAAGAAGAACAUUGAUGCAGUCUUCAUCAAACAAGCCCUCCAGAACUUCACAAUGAAAGUGCAGUCCAUCAGGGACCAGAGCUCAUUUCAGGAGCAAGUAGUAACAGGAACAACAAGAUCUAGGAGGGGCUUGGGAGCAGACGACAAGCAGAGGCUGUCUAAAGAGGUCUGCGACACAAUCUUGAUCCACACCAAAGAAAGGUUUGCCUUUACCGACCACCUUGUAAGUGCCACGCUGCUACAAGGAGAGCUGUUUCAACAGCAUGGCCAUACAUUCCCUGUUGAGGCUCUGAACAUCACUGUCAGGGCAUACCCGAUGUUAAAUAAAGCGAAGCUGAAGACUGAACUGUCUCUCAUUUAUGAGAGUCCAGAAUUCAAGGGCUGCUCUGGUGCACUGGCGCUGUACCAGGUUUUGCUGAAGUACAACCUCCAGGAUACUUUUACAGAGACUGUUGCUCUAUUGAACAUCCUAAUAACCACUCCUAUGACAACUGCUGAAGCUGAGAGGUGUUUCUCAACCUUAAAGAGAAUCAAGACAUUCCUGAGAAAUGUAAUGGGACAGGAAUGUCUGAAUGCACUGGCUAUGCUUUCGAUGGAGAGGGAUCUAGUCAGGAACAUGCCUGCUUUCAAUGAGAAAGUAAUUGAUCACUUUGCUACAUUGAAAGAGAGAAGAGCAAAAUUUCAGUAUAAGUAA